GCGCAGUUGCAUCGUCGACUGCAAGCAGCAUGAGUCGUCCCGAGCACAUCUCGCCGCCUGAGCUCUUCUACGAUGAGAAGGAGGCGGCCAAGUACAACUCGAGCUCGCGUAUCGUUAAGGUGCAGGAGGAGCUCUCGAACCGCGCCAUUGAGCUGUUGAACCUGCCCGAUGGCAAGGAAGCCUUUAUCCUAGACGUCGGCUGUGGCAGUGGUCUGAGUGGAGUGGCCUUGGAAGAGCACGGCCACGCGUGGGUAGGUGUGGACAUUAGCAAGGACAUGCUGGACAUUGCUUCUGAGCGCGAUAGCAGUGGUGACGUGUUCUUGCAAGACAUGGGUGGAGGCCUGCCCUUCCGACCGGGUGUGUUCGACGGCUGCAUCAGUAUUUCGGCUGUACAGUGGCUCUGCUACUCGGACAAGAAGGAGCACACAGCGCGUAAACGUCUUACACGCUUCUUCACGUCGCUGUACACAUGUCUGAAGGCUGGGAGUCGCGCGGUACUGCAGCUCUACCCGGAGACGCCCGAGCAGAUGGAAGAAAUCUCGGGCACCGCGAUGCGCUGCGGUUUCUCGGGUGGUCUCGUUAUCGACUUCCCCAAUAGUGCCAAGGCUAAGAAGUUCUAUCUGUGUCUAUUUGCGGGAUACAUGGAGCAACAGCAAGUGCCUCAGGGUCUUGGGACUGGAGCCGCAGCUAACCAGAUCUCGUACGAAGGACGCGCCAAGAACCAACGCCAACGCCGAGGAAAAGGUCGUGACGCUAUUAAGGCCAAGGACUGGGUGAUGGCCAAGAAGGAGCGCUACCGCAAGCAGGGCAAGAAGGUCAAGGCAGACAGCAAGUUUACAGGCAGAAAGCGUCCCGGCAAGUUCUAAACUGGUAAUAGCAGCGUACAUGCAGCUCUCGUCGGUGGGACUGCUGGGUAUAUAUUUCAUCGAAUCUAAUGCU